UUAUCGACAAACAUCCAUUUGUAAAGCACAUCCCGAACUCGAACACCAUGUUAAGAUUUAUCUGUAUUUUCCUAGCAUUGGUGACAUUCUGUGCCACUUUAAACCUGCCCCCCUCAUUCAAAAAAUGCAACCUACGAAGUGGCGACUUAGACCAGUGUUUGUCUACGGCUAUUCAGGAAGCAAUUCAGCAGCUGAAAAAACCGCUUCCUGACUAUGGUUUACCCAACUUAGAACCAUUUGAACCACCCAAAGAGGCUUUUCUUGAAUACGGAAACGAAACGACUGGUAUUCGCCAAAAAUAUUUCAAUAUAAAAAUGAACGGUUUUACAAAAAUUGAAAAAACGAGUGCAAGAUUUAAUCUCAAACGUAAAAUUUUAUUUGUAAACAUCACUUUCUCGGAGCUUCUAUUCUCUUCCGACUAUGAAGCUCGUGGAAAAUUUAUUCUUUACCCAGUUGAUGUAUCAACGACAGCUGCUCUAAAAUUGAUUAAACCAACGUUCAAAGUCGUCUUCAAAUUGGAAGAAUAUCAAAAGGAAAACGCGAAAUAUUUUAGGGCCCUUGGUGGUUCUGUGUACAUAUUCUUGGACAAAAUGACGUACGAUUUUAAAAAUAUAUUUCAAGAGGAACUUCUAAAUAAGGAACUUAAUCGUGGAAUGAACGAUAACUGGAAAAAUAUUGCACGUUUCCUCCAAGCGACCUUCCCAACAUUCUGGAUCACUUUGUUCCAACAAAUGUUUAAUAAUGUGUUGGAAAAAGUCCCUGCUUCUGAUUUAUUCGACGGACUGUAAUAGUAAUAAUAAUAAUAAUAAUUGUGAACAAGUGACUAUGGUUUAAUAAAAGAUUUC